CUAUAACGUUUUUCCGUCAAUUGACAUUCAUAGGAGUCUAAAGACUCGUCCAAAUUCCGUUUCAGAAAUGGAGGGUAAGCGAAUGGCAACAAGAAAUGACCCUAAGGGACAAGCGUCGGUAGCUUACCUUGAGGCUAGCCGGGCUGUGUCACGAGCCUUUACGGGGAGAGGAAUAGGCCAUGGGGGCCGGGAGGGCCGCCAAGCGGCAAACGCUAAUCAAGUGGGCUCGAUGUGUAACAUGAACACCAGGAGGAACGAACGUAGGCGUCAGGCGAGGCGAGAUCGGGCCACCUCCCAACGUGAUAUGACUGUCAGCCAAACCCAUCCUUGGGCAAACGACCAAGGAGGAGAAAGCACUCUUACGGCACCGGCAUCACCGGUGAAAAAGAAAAGGAACUCAAAGUGGCACACGUCCUUUCCUUACUCCUUAAGACCAUCCAAAUGUUCUAAUUGCUCUAAGAAACAUUUUGGAAAGUGCAACGAGCCCCCGAUGUGCUACAAAUGUGGGAGCACAACCCAUAUGAAAUUAAGUUGCCCAUGGAGGAGGCAACGAGAGACAUUGCAAGCCGAGGAAGGGCUCACCGUGAAAGGAAACCAUACGGAACCAACGAUGAGCAACGCUACGUCCGUCAAUCAAGGCGGCGCCCAAGCAAGGGUCUACGCAAUGACCGAGGCGGAUGCGAGAGCAAACCCAGACUCCGUUGCAGGUGAUAUCAUGGACGUUCAGGCCUUCGCUCGUCUUUCCAAAAAGCUGGCCAAGGUGCCAAGGAAGAAGAAGGAGGAGGAGGCCCCGCCGAACCAGCCUCUUGUUGAUGAAGUAUUGAAGAAAGCUGGGGCCCCCAAGACUUCUGAGGGGGAUGGGGUAUCCCAAGAGAUUGUUGCCGCAGGCGCCGGUGCUAGCGCCGGGGGCUCCCAAGCCGGGGAGCUCAAAAGGAAAAAUGCCGGGAAGGGCGUCAUGCCUCCGGAAAACAAGAAGAAGAAGAGGGGCGAGGGGGGCAAGGAUGCCCCCUUAGUGAUUAUCGAUGAACCCCCCACUUUCCAUCCUUCUGAGUCCACCCCCCUCGAGGACUUUGACGAGGGCACCUGGCCCCGGGAAACAGUGCAGUUCUCCUUUAAGAAGGGGACUGCUAUCAUGCACGGCACCCUCGAUCCGAGGGAGUUUCUGAGGGGUGCCACCACUCCGCUAGACCGGUCCACCCUCGGCCGGUUUGAUGAUGAAGCUUUGGAGCUCAAGGCCCUCCAGGCCUCAGUCUCUGUAAGUCCUUGAGCCCUUCGUACCUUUAUCUUUCGCGUCUCUCCCUUCGCAUAAUCCUGAUCCCGAAUGCUUUCUUAUAAUUUUCAGGCUAGUGUGGCCCUCGGUGAGUAUAUCCAGAGGGUAGGGCAAAUGCGCGCGAGGAAGGCGCAGGAUGAAGCAACCCUGGAGAAACUCGUCAGGGAGCAUGCCGAGGCCAUCAAGUAUGGCGCUGAGCUGGAGGUGGCCUUGAAGAAGGCCAAAGAGGAGCUGAGGGAGGCAGAGGAGAGGGCCCGAGCCGAGGGCAAGGCGGAGGCAGAGAGGACAGCCGCAGAGGCCGCUAAGCAGGCAUCCGAGGAAGCUGAGAAGGUUAAGGCCGAGGCGGUUUCCAAGGCCGAGGAGGACGCGGUGGCAGCUUUUCUCGCCGAGGGGUGGAAGGCCGAAGGGAGAGAAAAGUGGGUGGCCUCGGUGAUCGAGCAGGGCGUUGAAGAUUGGGUGAAAGGCCCCGGAGCCGAGUGGAUGGCCCUGAAGGGUAAGAAUUACUUUGAUGGGGGUGAAUUCUUUACCCAGCGCCUGAUCUACCGGAAGCUAGCCAAUCACUUCGGCGUUGAGCCCUCCCAGUUUGAUCCCUCGGCAUAUGGUCUCCCUCCUCGGCAGCCAGAUGUCAGGACCCCCCUCCCUCCUGGUGAGGAGAGACGCCAGUUGGAAGACUCAGAGUUGCUGAGGGAGUGCGGCCUUGAUGAUGAAGACGAAGUCGAGGACGAUGCUUCCUCAAAGACGAAGGGGGAUGCAACUGAGGAGGCCCCAACUCAGCAAUUUGUUUAAGUGUAAAUUUUGUGUAGUUUAUAGGCUCCGGCCAUGAUUGUAACAAACACUCUUCAUGAUGAAUGUUCUCCUUCGGGAUUUUAUACCAAUGGUCGUCCUUUCCAUCUUCUUUGAUUUCUUGUAUGCCUUUCUCGUUUGAAUGAAUGUAUGCCCUCGCUUCUAUGCCAGCCUUCCCUUCUAAUGAAUGCAUGCCCUCGUUUAUUUUUUGUAUCUGCAUAUGAGUGAUCUUUCCUUUCUUGAAUGAAUGUUUGCUUUCCCGGAGGCCACAAAUUUGUGGACUUAGAAAAAUCUCUAAGUGAGUACUUUUGUCGACUAGCCUUCGGUUGUAGUAUAGUUUCGCUGGUGGCUUGUAG